AUGUCUUUACGUUUAACUAACACAACAGAACCAAUAGCUUAUGAAUUGUGGAUAGAGACGAAGAUUCAAGAACGAAUUCUCAACUACACUGGAAGAGUGAAGAUUGUUCUGCGAGCAUUACAACCAACUAGUACAAUAGUGAUCAAUUCCGAAAAUCUACAAAUAGUCAACAGAACUCUCCAUAAUCACCUGAAUAAUGAAAUUCAAAUAUCACACCACGAAGAAUACAAAAGAGAAACAAUUCUAGCUUUCUUCCUUGAGGAAACUUUAAGAAUUGGUCAAAAUUAUGUUCUAGAUAUCCACUUUAAAGGCGUCCUUCAAAGUAUUUCCCGAGGAUUUUCAUAUACGCGCUAUGUUGAUGAACAUGGAGAAACAUUUUAUGUGGCUAGUACAUUUCUUCAUGUUACAAACGCUAGAAUGGCUUUUCCUUGCUACGACGAACCUCACUACCGUACAUCCUUUACCAUCCACAUUACUCAUCAUAACUCAAUGAGGGCAGCUUCAAAUAUGCCGAUUUUAUCAAAAACCAAUAAUUCAGAUGGAACUAUCACGACGUCCUUUCAAGAAUCUGUCUCAAUGUCCGUUAAUUUAGUAGCUUUCACCGUUUGCAACUACGGAUCUCGGAAGGUGGUUAUCGAAAAAAAAAAUCUAGAAAUCAGUUUUCUCGUGCCUAAACAUCAACUAGAUGAAACAGAUUUCGCCGUAGACUUCAUAACUUUUAUGGUGGACAAACUUGAAGAAUACUUUGGAAUUGGAUACAAUCUCCCAAAGCUUGAAUCCGUGGUAGUCAAUGAUUUAACACACAACGGACUGGAAAACUGGGGACUUAUGGUUUACGAUAGCAAAAGUCUUCUCUACAAUAAGAACUUCACAACUCCAUCUCAUAAAAUGGCCAAUGCCAUGACAAUCUGUCAUCAAUUAUCCCACAAUUAUUUUGGGAAUCUUGUUGGCUUUUCAUGGUGGAAUCAUGUUUGGAUGAUUGAAGGAUUUGCCUACUACUACGAAUACUAUUUCACUAGCUUUUAUCCGAAUGAUUGGCCAACAAAUGAGCUAUUCGUAACGGAUUUCGUACAACCCUUAUUAGCAGAAAAUUCAUAUUUAAUGACAAGUUCACUUAGCACCUACGUAGAGCGUCGCAGGGAUAUUGAAAAGGUUUUUAGCCUGGGAAUGACCAGUAAAGCUGCUAGUAUUAUAAGAAUGUGUGAACACAUGUUGGGAAGGACAACGUUCCAGAAAGGACUCCAAAAGUAUGUAAAGGACAUGGCAUUCAAAGUAGCGGAACCGAAGGAUUUCUACAGAAAUAUUCAAGAAGCAGCUGAUGAAGACAAUUCACUUCCAAGAGAUGUUAAUGUAGAAGAUGUAAUUAAUUCCUGGAUAGAUCAACCAGGAUAUCCACUUUUGACAGUUAUGAGAAAUUACGAUUCAAAUGAGAUUGUUGUGAAUCAGCAGAGAUUCCUCUCGUCACGCGGAGAAGUUGAUAAUGAACGAAUAACUUGGUAUAUUCCUUUGUCGAUCAACACUGCACGGAACCCUGAUAUGAACAACACUAUGCCUAGGGCAUGGCUGAAACAAGGAACUCGAGAACUGGUUAUCAGAACUGAAGAAAAUCUAACAUGGACCUCAGAUGAUUGGGUUCUCUUCAAUGUUCAACAAACCGGAUACUACCGGGUAAAUUAUGAUUUACACAACUGGAAAUUACUAGCAAACGAUCUCUACGGAGAAUAUCCCUGCAAUAUUGGUACUAUAAACAGGGCACAACUGAUAGAUGACUCUUUCAGUCUUGCCUAUUCGGACAAUAUUCAAUUUACCGUGGCUCUUGAUAUCAUCAAGUACGUAAAGUUUGAGAGAGAAUAUUCAGUCUGGGUAACUGCAAAUCGUCAUCUUCUAAGUAUGGAUCGAAAAUUACAAGGAGAUUCCUACGAGUUGUAUUUUGGAAGAUUCCUUCAGCAUCUAACGGAUGGUCAUUUUGAGAGACUGGAUGUUUUUGAGGACAAUUUAAGAGAUUGCACGAGCAAUACAUUUCUACGGCCAAUUAUUGUUCAUCUGGCUUGUCGUUCGGGAUCAGGGAAAUGUUUGACUGCAACUAGAAUUAUGGUAACUGCGGAAGCUCUGACGGGGCAUGUCCUUGCUCCUCGUGAACGACCAUCUGUGUACUAUUGUCAUGGUCUCAAGAAUGCCGAUGAGAAUACUUUCCAGUACUUCUGGAAGAAGUUGAAAUCCUUGACGAAUGAUCAGGAAAGAAAAAAUUUAGUACACUCAAUCGGAUGCUACCACAAUUCCGAUUCUGUUUAUUCUUUACUCCUGGAGACGGUAGAUCUCAAUGCAACGGACGUUUUCUACACAAACUACGAAAGACACAGCAUUUUGUGGAAUAUCAUUCGAAAUGGAGAUGUGAAAGUUGUUAUGCGUUUUUUGCGAGAGAACCAUAACACCAUUGCAAGGACGUAUACGUAUAAUUUUCGUAUGGAAAACAACCUAAAAGAGAUUGCUGACUGUUUACCGGAAGAAUAUCAUCAGGAGUAUACAGAAAUUUUGGAAAUGCUUGCAGCAGAGGGACAUAUCAGUAGGAGUCUCAUGGAAAGGUGCAUUAUUGAUAUGGAAAAUCAUCGGAUAUGGGUUAAUGAGAACAAGAUUAAAAUUGAAAAUUGGAUCGCGGGAUAUUUCCAACCGAAGCUUGAGAAUUCUGGUAUGGAUAUUACUGUAUCUACCCUUGUUGUUCUUAUCGCAAUUGGACAUAUAUUUUUCCCAAUAUAUUAGCAUGUUUAUCAGAUGAUUAUCUUGUCGAAGUGUAUAUGUCUAUUAUAUCAAUUUUAUUACAAUAAAAGAG